UAGAUGAGAGGCUUGGUUCUGCCUUCAGAGAGAACUUACCCCUGUGAUACUCAACAAGACCCAAGCCUCAAGCAAGUGCAAGGGUUUCCAAGGCCAAGGCAGGGGUUUCCUGGACGAACUGUAAAGCCACCUUACAGCUCACACCCUACUAGUGGCUGAACAGGCUCUGGAGAACGAGGGGUGUGGAGAAGGGAAGGUGGGUGGGAUGAGGGAUCUGUUGCCAGUAGGCCGUAAAAUCAUCCCCACCUUCCUCCUCUAGAGCCAGAUAGAGAACCAGAGCCUGACCCUGGCGGUUGGCAACCUUCCUGGUGUCCCCGGAAGGAAGACAGGCUGUGUCUGAUCAGAAGUAGCCUCUGGUGCUGCCUGGAUCUCCUAGACCAGCUCCCUUGACUCUGCUGCCUGCCUCCCUGCCUCCCUGGUUCAGCCCCGCCCCCGGCGCCAUCCCUCAGUUUGUGGACCGGCUGAGGCUUCCAGGGGCAGGACGGAGCAAAGGUCCAGGCCCUCCCUCUUCUUCUCUCUGGGUGACCCGGGAUCGCGCGCGCGCGCUCGCGGGCGAAAGAGCGGAGCGUUCCGGACGGAGCGGCAGCGCGCGGGUAAUCUCAACCCGUCAAAAUGUUUGCCAAAGCGACUCGGAAUUUCCUUAAAGAAGUUGAUGCUGGAGGAGACCUGAUUUCAGUCUCACACUUGAACGACUCUGACAAGCUGCAACUUCUAAGUCUGGUGACCAAAAAGAAGAGAUACUGGUGCUGGCAGAGACCCAAGUACCAGUUCUUAUCGGCCACCCUGGGAGAUAUUCUCACAGAAGGGCACUGUCUCAGUCCAGUGGUUGUGGAGUCAGACUUCGUGAAAUACGAAAGCAAGUGUGAGAACCACAAGAGCGGGACUAUCGGGACCGUCAUGGGGAAGGUCAAGCUGAAUGUUGGAGGCAAAGGCCUGGUGGAAAGUCAGUCUUCGUUUGGAACCCUGAGGAAGCAGGAGGUAGAUGUGCAGCAACUCAUUCAGGAUGCUGUCGGGAGAACAGUUAAUCUGGACAGCCUGGUGCUCCAGCAGGUGCUAGAGAGCAGGAACGAGGUCCUGUGCGUGCUGACGCAGAAGAUCGUGACAACACAGAAGUGUGUGAUUUCUGAGCACGUGCAGUCGGAGGAGACGUGCGGAGGCAUGGUGGGGAUCCAGACCAAGAUUGUGCAGGUAUCAGCAAUGGAGGACGGGACGAUCACCACGGACACCAAUGUUAUGCUGGAGAUCCCUGCUGCCACCACCAUUGCCUAUGGCAUCAUGGAGCUGUAUGUGAAAAAGGACGGCCAGUUUGAAUUCUGCCUUCUUCAAGGGAAACAUGGUGGCUUCGAGCAGGAGAGGAAAGUAGAUUCUGUCUACUUGGACCCCCUGGCCUACAGAGAGUUUGCCUUUCUGGACAUGCCAGAUGGGGGUCAAGGGAUCUCUUCGCAGGAUGGGCCACUACGUGUUUUAAAACAAGCAACCCUGCACCUAGAGAGGAGCUUCCGUCCCUUUGCAGUGUUGCCUGCCCAGCAGCAGAUGGCGCUGUUCUGCAUCCUGCAGAAAAUCCUGUUUGAUGAAGAACUCCUUAGGGCCCUGGAGCAAGUGUGUGAUGAUAUGGCUGGCGGCCUCUGGUCCUCACAGGCUAUAUUGGCAAUGGAGGAGCUGACAGGCAGUCAGAAGCAGGACCUCACAGCCUUCCUGAAACUGGUGGGAUACAGGGUACAGGGAGAGCAUCCUGGCCCGCAGGAUGAGGUCAGCAACCAGAAGCUCUUUGCAACGGCCUACUUCCUGGUCAGUGCACUAGCAGAAAUGCCAGAUAAUGCCACAGUCUUCCUGGGGACUUGCUGCAAACUCCAUGUUAUUCCAUCGCUGUGCCAUUUGCUCCAUGCUCUGUCUGAUGACAGUGUGUGUGAUUUUCAAGACCCCACCUUGGCUCCUCUGAGAGACACAGAGAGGUUUGGCAUUGUGCAGCGUUUGUUUGCCUCCGCCGACAUUGCCCUGGAGAGGAUGCAGUUUUCUGCGAAAGCCACCAUCCUGAAGGACUCCUGCAUGUUCCCGCUAAUUCUUCAUAUCACUCUUAGUGGGCUUUACAGUUUAAGCAAAGAGCAUGAGGAACAUCUUUGUCAGUCAGAAGUACAUGCUACCGGCCAAGACUAGGCAUGAAGAGCAAGCUAUGAACAGAACAUGUAAUAUGAAUCUACAGGUGGAAAAACAUGUGCAUGAGGAAACGUGUCAAGAUUCAGGAGACCCAGCAGUGACUCUGAAUAAUUCAGAGACUUUGAGAUUGGUACAAAAGGCAAAACAUGUUAUGUCUCCACUUUUGCAUUCUAGUUAGAAUUUUGUAUUAUCCUUCUAAUUAAGGAAAAAAGAACCCUGAAGAUGGGACAUAUAAAAACCCGAGUAUAAACGGGGCUGGGGAGACUGCUGAGGGGGUCUAAGUCUGUCGUGCAAGCGUGGAAACCUGCAGUGGGUCUCUGUGGAGAAUGCCGAGCAUCAUGAUCACCUGCACCACCAGCACGGCAAGGCAGACAGGGCGAUGUCUGGGUUUGCUGGUUUACCAGAGCAGCCAACCAGAGAGCUUCAACUGCAGUCAGAAAGCCUGUCUG